AUGCUGCAUGAAAAAAGAGAACGUUACGACUUUGUGAUCGAAGCCACGCAGCCCGCGGGCGCCUACUGGAUCCAACUCCGAGGCCUCGGCGAGUGCGGCAUCGAGCGCGCUCAGCAACUGGCCGUGCUCCGGUAUGCUCGGGGUCCGUACCAACCAUCGACUCCGGCGCCCACGUACGACUCCGGAUUACCGCAGGGCGUGGUUAUGAACCCAUUGGAUGCCAUGUGUAAUGAUCCAUUGCGUACCGAUGCUGUGUGUGUUAAUCAAUUAAAAAAUGCUCACACGGUUGAUGAAUCUCUGCUCCAGCUUAAACCAGAUGUCAAGAUUUUCUUACCUUUCCGUUUCCAUGUCUACAGACCAGAAACAUUGUUCCAGCCUAACACUUAUAACAGAUAUUUAGUUGCUCCAACUGGAGAUCACGUACUAUCAUUGGUGGAUGAGAUAUCGUACAUGUCACCAUCUGCUCCUCUGCUUUCUCAAUACGAUGAUAUCAAUCCUGAACAGUUCUGUAAUGGAGACAACAGACCCGCCAACUGUGGUGACAACUGCAUGUGUACCCACAAAGUAGAUAUACCCCUCAAUGCUAUUGUAGAAGUCGUACUCGUCGACGAAGUACAACAACCAAAUCUGUCUCAUCCAUUCCAUUUGCACGGAUACUCCUUCAAUGUUAUUGGUAUUGGACGCUCACCUGAUACUACAGUGAAGAAGAUCAAUUUGAAACAUGCUUUGGAUUUAGAUCGAAGAGGACUUUUGCACAGACAGUUCAACUUACCACCUGGCAAAGACACUUUGGCAGUGCCCAAUAAUGGAUACGUAGUGCUUAGAUUCAGAGCUGACAAUCCAGGAUUCUGGAUUUUCCACUGUCAUUUCUUAUUCCACAUCGUAAUUGGUAUGAAUGUCGUUUUCCAAGUUGGCACACUUGCUGAUUUGCCACCUGUACCCGAAGGUUUUCCAUCGUGUGGUGACUACACCCCUCCUAUUCUUCCUCCACACUAA